CUUGUGGAUGUGACACCCCCGUGGAGGGACGCCAGGAGCCUAUAGUAGCGGUCCUGGGGAAAAUGUAAGCAGCUGUGGCCGUGUAAUUUAAAACCUCUGAGAAGUGUGCUGCAGCCCGUGCACAGCGUCGGUGGAACAUGGGGACUGCCUGCAGCCCGCUCUCCGGAGGACGUCCUCGCGUGCUGCGGGACAGGGAGGACUGAGAAGACAAACCUGGGUGCAGCCAGAAAGGUCCAGAUAGAUGAGCUUGUGGCAUCCGUUCCCUAAACUCAGGGACUCGACCAUACCUCAGUGGGACCUCACUGUUCUUGAUCUGCAUUAGUUAAGAUUACCCAAACUUGGAUUUCAACGGAAUCCUUUCAUUGCUGCAUCUGUCAUACCCAGUAAUUGGGGCCAGCUGGAUGUCAGGAUGCGCGUGGUUACCGUCAUAAUAACCCUGCUUUUCUUCUGUAACGCGGCUGAGCUCCGCAAGGCGAGCCCUGGGGGUGUGAGAAACCGGGCGAGUCCUGGCCGGGUGGGUGGGGGCCGGAGAGGCUCGAACCCGGUCAAACGCUACGCACCGGACCUGCCCUGCGAAGUGUACACGUACCUUCACGAGAAAUACUUAGAUUGUCAGGAGAGAAAGCUGGUGUACGUGCUGCCCGGCUGGCCUCACGACCUGCUGCACAUGCUGUUAGCGAGAAACAAGGUCCGCAUACUGAAGAACAGCAUGUUCUCCAAGUUUAGAAAGCUGAAGAGCUUGGACCUGCAGCAGAACGAGAUCUCCAAGAUUGAGAGCGAGGCUUUCUUCGGUUUAAACAGACUCACCACCCUCCUCCUGCAGCACAACCAGAUCAAAGUCCUGACGGAAGAAGCGUUCAUUUACACGCCUCUCCUGAGCUACCUGCGCCUCUACGACAACCCCUGGCACUGCACCUGCGACCUAGAGACGCUGGUUGCAAUGCUGCAGAUCCCAAAGAACCGAAAUCUGGGCAACUACGCCAAGUGCGAAAGCCCACAAGAACUGAGAAACAAAAAGCUGCGGCAGAUAAAAUUGGAAGAGCUGUGCAAUGAAGAAGAAAAGGAACAACUGGGCCCGAAACCCCAAGUGUCAGGGAGACCCCCGGUCGUCAAGCCUGAGGUGGACUCCUCUCUUUGCCACAUUUACGUGUUUCCCAUACAAACACUGGACUGCAAACGAAAAGAGUUGAAGAAAGUUCCAAACAACAUCCCUCCAGAUAUUGUCAAGCUUGACUUGUCAUACAAUAAAAUCAACCUGCUUCGGCCCAGGCAGUUUGAAGAUGUUCAUGAGCUAAAGAAAUUAAACCUUAGCAGCAAUGGCAUCGAAUUCAUCGAUCCUGCUACUUUUUUAGGACUCACUCAUUUAGAAGAGUUAGAUUUAUCAAACAACAGUCUGCAAAACUUUGACUAUGGUGUAUUAGAAGACUUGUAUUUUCUGAAACUCCUCUGGCUCAGAGACAACCCUUGGAGAUGUGACUACAACAUCCACUACCUCUACUACUGGCUGAAGCACCACUAUAACGUCCACUACAAUGGCCUGGAGUGCAAGACGCCUGAGGAAUACAAGGGGUGGUCUGUGGGGAAAUACGUUCGCAGUUACUAUGAAGAAUGUCCCAAAGACAAGUUACCGGCGUACCCUGAGACAUUUGACCAGGAUGCAGAAGAGGAUGAAUGGGAAAAAAUACACAGGGAGCACACAGCAAAGAAGCAAAGUGUAAGAAUCACGAUAGUGGGGUAACUUACAAAUUCUUCUAGUUGCCACCUGUCAUGUAUUUGCUAUACUGGUGUUAAAAAACACACACA